AUGAGUGAAUAUGCAAACCAAUCGAUCAAUUCUGCUGACAAUUCUAAUAAUGCCAUGAAAGCCUUGAUGAGUCAGCAUACUGGAGAGCAUGAUGCUGCUGGGCAAGCAGUGCAGACCACUCGUGCCGACCUUGUUUCAAACACAGCUCCGACUGAUGAUCACAGCGAUAUUCAACAUGCGUUAGCAGACAAAACAGAAUAUGGCACGUUGUACAUGAAUGCCGCUGGUGGGAUCGACAAGAAAAAAGUGGCUUUUAUUGGUGCCUGUGUGGUGGGAUUGUCUAUUGCGAUUGGUGCUUUUGCCUUAAAUAGUGGCAAUAAACCAGCUGAGCCCGAAGUCGGAUCAGCUGAUAGUAGUUUAACGGCGUCUGAAAAACCAGAACCAGCCGUGUAUGGCAGCAGUGACACUGGCGCAUACUCCUUUGAUCCAUCUGCGCUAGCGUCAGGUGUAGGAGAAACGCCUGCUGUUGAGGAACCAAUCACCAUGCAAGUUGCUGAAAAUACUCAACCUACUUAUGAGCCGCCAAUGCAAUCGUAUGCACCGCCUGUGCAGCAAACUGCUAUGCCAGCGCAAAUGCCUGUUGCUGCCGCUGGUGCAGGCGCUUCUGAUAGUAUAGUUCAAAACCGUUUGAAUUCAGGCCCUGUGUUGGUCGAAGGACAGCUAGGCGAAAUUGGCACAGGAAAUGGCGGUGGCAUGAUUGCUGGUGGCAAAGAAUCUGAUUUGGCUCGAACCCUAAAAGCCACAGGUGUUGCGCGGGGAAAUGUCAAAAAAUUAGGCAAUCCAGAUUACACUAUGGUGCGUGGUACAUUUAUUCGUUGCACGUUAGAUACUCGAAUUGUUUCAGAUGUUUCUGGGUUUUCUUCUUGUACCGUUAACGAACCCAUCUAUUCCUAUAACGGCAAGAAACUCUUGAUUAAACCAGGUUCAAAAGUCAGUGGCGAGUAUCAAACACCAGAUACUAACGGUGGUCAAGAACGCAUGGGCGUUUUGUGGAAUCGCAUCUUAACCCCUGAUGGCCUUGAUGUGACCCUUGAUAGCCCAGGCACUGACGGCUUAGGUGGUACGGGUUUGGUGGGUGAUGUGAACAAUCACUGGGGUAAACGCUUGGGCGCUGCGCUACUGGUGUCGAUGAUUGAUGGUGGUCUCAAUGUGCUUGGUAAUGCCGUGCAAAAAUCUAAUACCGCAACCAUUGGUAUUUCGACGGCACAACAAGCAGGCAAGAGCAUGAGCGAAAUGGUUCUUGAAAAAACCAUCAAUAAGGCACCAACUAUCACCAUUAAUCAAGGUGAGCGCAUCAAUAUUUAUGUGGCACGAGAUAUAGACUUUUCAAGCGUGAUGAGUUCGAACUAA